AUGCCCACGGCAGCCCCGACCAGGCCGCCUCUGCCCUUUGGGGCGGCCCCGGACGCCUCGCGCGGGGCCCGGGCUGCUGGGCGCACGGGGUUAAGGUCAGAAGCUCCGGAGGCUGCUCGGGCUGCUCGGAGCAGCCGCCUCCCGCAGCCUGGGCGCGCGCCUCGGGCUCCUCCUCCCGCCCAAGCGUGGCCAAGUGAGGACUGCUCCGGCCGCAGUGGCGGCGGCGGCCGAGGCCGGGGAGGCGGAGGUCGCUCGGUCCCCUCCUGCGCCUCGGAGCACGAGUUGCGCGUGGUCUCUCCCGUCUUCCUGCAGCUGCCCAGCUACGAGGAGGUCAAGUACCUGCCCACCUACGAGGAGUCCAUGCGACUGCAGCAGCUCAGCCCCGGGGAGGUCGUGCUGCCCGUGUCGGUGCUCGGCCGCCCCCGAGGCGGCGGCGCCGGGGACGCCGACGGCGGCGAGGGCCGCUUCCCGCUCAUCUGA